AUGAUGAGCUCCUUUCACCCACUUUGGAAGCAAGCAGAAGGCAUCAAGCAAUACAUCAGGGCUACUAUCGCCGCAGACACGACCGAUAGUUUUUCUGCUGGGUAUCACUUGGUGUGCCACAGUCAAGGGGCUCUAACUUGUCGAGCGGUCGUGGAGACUAUGGACGACCAUCACAUCCAUACAUUCGUAAGCUUAGCAGGCCCCCAGAUGGGCAUAUACGGACCAUACGGACCAAUGAAGAGCAUAUGGGCGGAAGUAUGUUGA